AUGGCGUCUACGAGACUCAUCGCUUUGUUGGCAGCGAUUUUCAGCGUCGCCUUCAGCGCAGGUAUCAAAACGUAAUAUAAAAAUGGAUAGAAAGCCGAGAAGUUUGAGCAUUUGACUUUUGAAAAUAUACUAAGAAGUCAUUUUUUUGUUUAAAAAAAAUUUUUUUUUUCUUCAAAGUCAUUAUUUAAAAUAGCUAUACGAUCUGAAAGCGAGACGAAAUUUUCUCAUUUUUUUAUUUUAAUUAGGUGAAUCUAGAAGAUCUGUCAAACAUGUGUCUAUAUGAAGGUCGAAAAAUCAUUCUAAGUCGAUUUACAGUUUCAGACAUGGGAGAAAAGCGUUCACCACUGGGUACAAUGCGUUUCGGAAAGCGAGAUAUGCCGAUGGACGUGGAAGAUUUCGAGGAAAACGGCUACCCACCGUACUACCUUUCAAAGAAGGCCGAUGUGGCUGUAGGAGACUACGACCAAAUUUACCGCGAUACCAGGAGUCCUCUUGGAACUAUGCGGUUCGGAAAGCGCAGUGCAGGUAAAUCUUCACCUUUUCGCUUUCUUUCACGGAAAAGGCAAACUUUUUCCAGCCAUGCCCCUCGGAACGAUGCGAUUCGGCAAACGCGAUCCUCUCGGAACCAUGCGCUUCGGAAAAUAA